GUCGCUGGUGGUGAUGGUUCGGCGAUGACACUCAUUUUUCUGAGCAAAGGCUAAUAGGAAAAUCAGUCUAUUUGGCUUGUAUCUCUUUACGUUGUGUGUUCGUCAGACUGCCGAGGUACAGUAGCUUGAACUAGUGAGUCAGCAGGGAAGCAGACCCACCAAGAACUGCGUUAAACACGUGGCACUUUGUAUUCGUUUAGGAGAAUACUUUUUAUUCGCGCACUUCGGAGACUCGUCAAGCAAGCUAGCUCACUCCUGCUCUCCAAAGGGCCGCCGCGCUAACAGUUAUUUAUAGUUGAGAGGGCCACAGAGAACUAACCACAACAGACCUCUGCGAAGAGGAAGAGACGGCAUCCGACUUUUAAUAGUUACUGUUAGAUCAUAGGAGAGAGCGAUGGAAACCAAAAUACUCGUCGCUCUGUGCGCUCUGAUCCUCAGCUUGGGUUCGAAUGUAGAAGGUAAGAAGCUCUGUGAUUCGCACUUCUGUGUUUUCUUUCGCAGUUUGAGAGGUUGUUAGAAUAAAUACACACAGAAUACAUUGUAGUCCUGGCUCUCAGAUCAAUUUUUUUUUAAACUUACAUCAUCGUGCGCAUGAUGGAUAAAUUGUGGCCUGUUUGAAUAAGCAAAAAGCCCAUGUGAUUUAUUUGCUGUAUGUCGAAGUCAUUGUGUAUGUAGGUUUAUAAUACAGUUAUGCCUCUAGCAAUUAUUUCAGUCAAUUUAUUUUUCCUCUUCUCUCUAUCUCCCCUUCCCGUCCUCCCUCCACCUUUAUAUUUUCAUCAUGUCAUUCUUUGCUUGCUCUCUCUCUCUCUCUCUCUCUCUCUCUCUCUCUCUCUCUCUCUCUCUCUCUCUCUCUCUCUCUCUCUCACACACUCUCUCUCUCUCAAACCCAUGCUGAUCCUAUAUUUUUUCUCUGUUCUCUGUUUAAUUUGAUGGUCUGCUCUGUCUCUCACAUUAUUAGUGAACAUUUCACAGGCAUGGUAAAAACGUAGGAGUGUGUGAGAGAUGCAGACAGUCUAUGCCUAGGUUAUGACACUGCUAAUAAGUGGUAGGCCUACCAUGAUCAUUUUAACUCUCUCUGAAUCCGUUAGUGAGCCAUACCAGUCACUAAAAGGCUGUCUUGUUGGUCUGCUGCAAUGAACAAAGAUUUUAUUCACAAACAGUUAAGCAUAUAUUUUUUUACCUUUAUUUAACUAUACAGUAGUUCACAUACACAAUUUGCUGUUUUUAGAUAUUUCUACUGAUCCGUUUUUAACGGUCAGAAUAAUGACUGGCUGUUUAGCUGUAAUCAGUCUAGGGUCGCUAUCUCUCUCUCUCUCUCUCACACACAGACACAGACUCACACACACACACACACACAAACACACACACACACACACACACACACACACACACACACACACACACACAGGGUAAUCUUCUGAGGACAAACAUGGGGGGUUGUAGGGUUGGACCCUGGUUCCAUGGCGAGGGUGUUAUAUCUUUGUGCACAUUAUAGAUAAUGUAACAGUUGUUCUCUCUAUGGUGCAGAUGAAGGAAAGGAGGGAAGGAUGCUGCCUUAGACCAGUGUUCCUCAACCCUUUCCUACAAGGGGGGCCCACAGCGUUGCACAUUUCUGUUCCAGCCCAGCAGUAACACACCUGAUUCAACUAAUCAAGGGCAAACAGGUGUUAGUGCUGGGCUGGAACUAAAAUGUGCAACCACGGCCCCUGGGGGUACCCCAGGACACUUGUCUAGUGUCUUGAGAUGCACCCAAUUAUAUUUGUUUCAUCAAACCACAGAGGGAGGAUGCAGGCAGGCUGGGUGUGUUCGUAAGGUUCUUACAGACGCCCUGUGUGUCUGCCACGGCUCCUACCAAAAAAUUGCACAUUCAGGUCCAAAUCAGUGCCUGACCACAACUUGAACUGAGGUCUUGGGUUGCAAGGCAAGCACUCUAUCCUAUUGUAUCAAGUAUUGCUACAAUGUUCUGUGUCCAAUAUACAUACACUCUCUCUCUCUCUCUCUCUGUGUGUGUGUGUGUGUGUGUGUGUGUGUGUGUAGCAGGAGGGACUGAGUAGGCUUUGGAACAAUCACAGUUAUUUAUAGUUCAGAACAAACAUUUAUGUCCCUGCCACACUCUUAGCUGUGUUCUGGCCAGCUCCCUUUGUCUCUCCCUUUUUGCUCCCUCUCCUAGACAGCAAUGAAGCCAGCCCAAAACUAAAGUCGCAUAUCGCUUAUCUAAUACAUAGACAGCACAGGCCUUAGUGUUUUAUAAAAGUACAGAGCACUUAUUACUGCAGUAUUAGCUCCUCCUCCUCCUCCUCCUCCUCCUCCUCCUCCAUAUUUCUACCAGAUCUCAGCUCCUCACUCACACUCCAUUUCUCUUACAACUCUGUCUUUCACCUCUCCCUCCCAUCUCUCUCUCCCUUUCUCACCCUUCCAUCCUUCUUUUUGCCAUCUCACAUUCCCUCUCUCUGUCUGCUUUCUCACCCCUCUCUCUGUCUCUCUCUUUCUGACUCUCUCAAUUCUACUUAGCAGAGUGUAUAGUCUUCAGUGGCUAAGUAAGAACAGGGAAACACAGGUUGACAUUUGAAAAUGUUUUAUUAAUUGCAGCACGAUGCUGUCACAAGCUCUUCAAGCUGGAAUGAAAAUUAACUUGGAAAUAGCAUAGAGUCACAGGAUGGCAUUUGCUGCUCGUAAAUGAGUGUCGAAACUCAGUCAGUUGAAUGUCAAAGCCUGCAGUUGGCUGUAUAUGCUGUCAACAGGUUUGCCACACUGUCACUAAAGUGACAUCCAGUCAUCUUCUAGUCUAUAGUCAUGUAGUCAACUGACAUUUUUCUUCCAAGCUUGGUUAGAUUAAAUUGUAGGAGAGGAGAGAAGAGGAGGUGACGAGGGUUGAAGGAGAGGAGAAAUAGAGAAGAGGCUACACAGACGCCAAACAGGUCAAAAAUGGAGACCUGAAUAAGGAGCUCUGAAAAGGCCACUGUUGCACACAACGUUUCCUUUGCUAUAUUCCAUGUGAACUCUGACAUUUACAUUUUUAUUCUGAGGAUAUACAGAUGUGUUUUUCAUUUUUAUUUUAUUUUUAUACAGGAGGAUUGUGAGUUUGUAAAUAAGUGGCCUAUUUCAGUUAGCAGCAUUGUCAUAUUCUUGUUAUUCUGAUUGUCCCUAGAUUUGUAUAGCCUAAAUAUGGGUCUAGAAAACAGCUACAGUAUAGCUCACACAGAUACACACCCAGUGCUGAAAGGAAAACUGGCCAGCUGCUAGCAGAGAAAUGGUUGGCUGUUCUUUCAGACGUAAGGGUCAAGUUCUUUCCCCAGGUACAUGCUGUAUCGCCCUGAGUGUGUGUGUGUGUGCAUGUGUGUGACCCUGUAACACGUGAAGAGGGGAAAGUGUUUCUCCAUGGCAAACAGUGGUUCCCUUUAUAACUCCCCCAGCCCCCUCCAUACACAACACACAUACACACACCCUCCCCCCAAUGCUUGACCUGAGCAGCCCUAACAGAGCUGAGGCAGAGGAACAGGGCCAGUAUUGUACAGCCACUCACUUUUCACACACUGGUAUGUGUACACGCGUGUGUGUACAUGGUCUUAUAUAGCUAUGUCAAAUGUUUGUGUGGACGUGCAUGGGCUUUCUUGCCAUCAGCAUGUUGUGUGUUUGUUUGUGUGUGUUGAGCUGUGUGAGUGAUGGCGAGAGGAAUAAGAGGCUCCAUGACAGUGUGUCACUGGCUUGUAAUGGCAUUACACUGGUAUUCUGGACUUUAUCAGAUAGAGGGGGGAGAGGAGUAUGAGAGAGCGAGGUGGAGGGAGUGUGAGAGAAGGAGGUGAGAAGGAAAGAGGGUAAGGAGGAGAGGAAUAGAUAGAUGGAAAUGAGGAUGAGGGAAAGACAGACAGAGGAGAAGAGAGACAGACAGAUAGCAUGUGACCUUUCUGGCUGCAAUAAAACUUGGUUGAACUGCUUAUACAGCAUGACAACAGGCAUGACACAAAGCUAAAAAUGUCCCAUUUACAUCAGCACGAUUCUGCAGUUCUUUUGGUACUAAUGCUCCCUAAUGGUUCAACACUAACGUGUGUUUACAGACCUGGGGUUGUUCAUCUGGUGGGUCACCAUGCAAAAAACAACUACAAUGUUUUUGGUACCAAUGCUGACAGUGACAAAACCUACCUGAUUACUAUGGUGAGACUGUUUAGACUAGAGAUUGUUUAGGCAGGGCAAGAGAGAUUGAACACAAACAAGAGAGAUUCCUGAAUCUAAAUAUCUAACCUGAUGCUCAUUGAGUGUUACUGGUUGGCUAUUGUAUGGGUUCCAAAUGUCAGCUCACUUUGGAUCAAGCUUUCCUUAAUUGCAUAGGAAUUGUGUUGUUUAACUGCAAAUGUCAGCGCAACAGACAGUCACUGAUAGUGGUGUUUGAAUAUGCAUAUUUUUCGUGAUGGCAGUCCUUUAAAAUGUAAAAGGAAUCUGAUUCUCAGCAGGUCCCCUAUGUCUCCUCUUUAGCAGACAUAGACCAGAGUUGAAUAAUACAUGUUACAUCUGUAUUCUGCCUUACCAUCUAUUCCAGUAGACCAUCUAUCCUCUCUGUCUACACUUCUUUAAAAAUAGAGCAGCCUCCCCUUCUCAGGAGGAGUUGGAAGAAAUGAUCCUAACUGGUCCUGAGGGGGAUCUAAUAGAUCUGCCAUUCUUCUGGAAAACAAGGACUAUCUGACGAAAGAAAUGCAUCAUUCACAGAUCGGCUUAUUUCAGAGAUCAUGAAUUUAAUAUUUGAUGUCUUUCCUUACGUCUUUCCUUACUGUGCACUGCUUCAGCAACACACUCCUAUUAACUAAAAGUCUAAAUGUCACCCUGAUUGUCUCUUCUCCAGGCCAGGACCCUGGUGAUCCCUCCUCUCCCUCAGACGGGCCACUGGCCCUGGGUAUGUCCGCGGCUACUCAGGCCCCCCUCCCUGGAGGUUCUCUGUCCCUCCCCAGCACAGACUCCCCAAAGCCAGCCAGCGACCUCACUGAUAGAGGGCUCUCCAACAACAACAACAGCAGCAGUAGCAGCAGCAACGACACAGAAGUCGUAGUGAAAGAGGUCCAAGGUAAAUGUACUGUAGAACAUAAAAAAUGGAAUGAAUGGAAUUGUAUUGGUUCGGAGGACUACUUUAUUAUUGAAUAAAAUAUAAUUUCAAAUUGUACAUUUAUUUAAACAUAUAAUUUGUUUAAGAUAAAUCAUUCAGCUUGUUCUCAGUCUAUUUAGAGCCAUGCCACCUUAGUUCAGGGGUUAGUGGUCAGGGGUAUUUUUUAGAAGCCACAACAUAGUCAGACACAGCACAAGCAGAGUGGAGAGCUGUGACUGGGCUGAGGUGAUGACAAACACACACACACACACACACACACACACACACACACACACACUAGAAAACAGAACAUGGUCCUUAAAAGGAGGAUACUGUUGGGUUUACUAACUAGAGCACAAAGAGAGACAUGAGAUAGACAGAAGAUGGAGAAAUUAAGCAAAAAAACUAGAUCAUGAGAGAAUUCACGGCAAGAAACAGUGUUGUUAGGCAUACAGAAAGAGGGCAGAGUGUAGAACUGGAGGGGGGUGGAGAAGGAGGAGAGAUGCACGGUGAUUAAAUUCAGUGUGAUUUCGCACAGAGAGGUGAGAAAGUUUGGAGCCUGACACACACACACACACUGGCUCAUUGCAAACAUCCACCUGCACCUCACUCACUCUGUAUCUGUAUCUCUCUGGGAGGUUUUACAGGUGUAUAUUAUCUCAUCACUACACUGCUGCUUCUCUCUCCUCUGUGUCCUCUGGCUGGGAGUUAGAAGAAACACUGCUAAUUGGAGUGUGUGUGUGCGUUCAACUUUGUUUUUUCUUGUUGAAUGUUUUUUCUGCAGAUAUUGACUGUGGCUUUUCGCCUAUCAAUGGCUUUUAUAAUUGAUAAAAAGAUUUGUAAACAUUAAUGUAUCCUUCUUUCCUUGUAUUGAAUUUCACUUAAAAACCUUUAUUCCUCUCUGAUCUAGCCACCAGUGUGGGGGUCCCUGAAACCCCUCCCAUCCCUGAGAAGACCCCUGGCCCAGGGAACCUCACUGAAGAAACCGUACAGCCCUCUGUUGCUCCCUCUGACAACCAAACUGCCCCUACCCACACACCCAUUACCACAGUCCUCGUUCACAAUCCUUCCACCACCCCCCCACACACACCUGUCCACUCCACCACUCCACCACUCCAUGCCCCUCAUCCCUCCACACAACACCCCAAAACCCACUCACCCAUCACCACCACCGUUUCCCCACCCCCUAUUAGGCCUGAGACCCAUCCAACUAACACCGCCGCUGACCCCCAGCCCAGCUCAACCCCCAGCCCUAACCCAGAGACCUCUAACCCUACCCAGCCUAAACAGACAGUCAGUCCCGUUCCCACCACCACUACCACCACUUCUCCCCCAGCUGUACCUAUGUCUGAGCCCCAGACCUCCAGCACCACUCCUCUCCCGGCUUCCACCCCAGCCAGCAGCCCUCCAUCCCAGGCUAAAACACACGCCGACAUCCCCUCUCAGCUCAAUGUGGUGGAUGGUGAGUAGAUGGAUUCGUUGUGUAUGCGUGUGUGUGUGUUAUGUUGCUAUGAGAGUGUUUUGUUAUUUGUUAUCAAAGAGCAGCAACCACAGUAUUAUAUACUAUGGUCUCUCUGGUGGAUAAAGGGGGGAGACAUCCAACCCCGGUCUAAUAAAACCAUACACACACUCAAAACCUAAACGGUCCAGUCGUCAGUCCCAUGACUGGCUCUGUCUCUUGCCAGACAGAGAGCUGAUUGUGGGGUGGUGGUGCUGAUAGUACCCUUAGCUGUUUAGGAGGGAGUGUGUGUGUAUGUGGGGGGUGGGGGGACAGACUUGUGCAGGGAAACAAAGAACAGCAUAGCUUUUGUUGGGAUGCCAGUUCAGUGCUGGGUGUGUCAGUUUAGUCCUAUGCCCAGAAAGCCCCGGGCUUGCUCGCUCUCUCUGUCACUACCCUACAAUCAAGUCUGUCUUAUUCUCUUUGUAAGACAUCCUGUUAAUAGCUUGUGUUUAUAUUUUAUAAUAUAUUUCAUAUUUUAAUAUAUUAUGUUAUAUAUCACAGGAGGUUGCUGAGGGAGAACGGCUCAUAAUAAUGGCUGGAACGGAGCAAAUGGAAUGGCAUCAAACACCUGGAAACUAUGAGUUUGAUGUUUUUGAUACCAUUCCACUAAUUCCACUCCAGCCAUUACCACAAGCCUGUCCUCCCCAAUUAAGGUGCCGCCAACCUCCUGGGUUAUAUAUGUAUAUAUAGUAUAAUAUGUUCCCCUCACCCGAGCAGGGGAGCCAGUGUUCCAUAGUGGUGCUCCAGCCCUGGACCCUCUCCUAGCUGGACUAGUGUCAGCCUUCAUCGUCACUGCAGCCAUCAUCACCCUGCUCCUCUUCAUCAAACUGCGACGACGGGAUCAGCGGCCUGAGUUCCGCAGGCUCCAGGACCUGCCUAUGGUGAGACAGUGAAACACAAGUGGUUAGGUGAAGAGACAGUGUCACGCUUAACAUUAAUGAGACCUGAAGACUUGCGUAAGCGUCAGUCUUGUUUUGUGAGCUAUUACACUAAGUAGGCAUUGUUAGCAUUAGCAUUUAUUUCACUCACCACCUGUCAUCUGGACCAGCGCUCACCAUUUACUUGUGUUCCUGUUGACAUCCUGCUUACAUCCUGUUGUGUUUUCCCCUGUUUAGGAUGAUAUGAUGGAGGAUACUCCCCUGUCCAUGUACAGCUACUGAUGGAGAUGGAGAGGACACAGUCUGACCUGAUGGAACAGCUAGACCCCCACAGACCUUCUCCUUCUGAACUGGGGCUGCGUCUCUAUAGUCCAACCUGGCCUUCUCUCCUUGUCCCCUGUCCUCAUAUCCUUUCGUUUAUCCGCACUGACAUGAGACAUGGACUGGUGAAAGCCAGUCGAUGGUAGGCACCCUCCAUAUUGCUUUUAUCGAGCCUGUGUUUUCAAAUCAGUGCAGAUGGAGGAGAUGAGGAGAGUGAGGCGCCAUUUUAGACCAUUGAGAUGCACCCCUGGCGUUCCCUCACCACCUUUGUGUCUCUGUGAGCAACAGGGGGUUUCUGAGUGUGAACAGCUCUUUUCCUGGUCUAUGUGGAUCUGAGUUCCAUCAGCAGUGUUCCCACUUCUACAUUCUACCUUCUACAUUCUAGGGUGCCCUCUGUCAGCUGUGUUUUAUUUGAGUGUUCGGUAACAAGGGAUCCUCUCUUUCAUCACUAGUUAGAGCCUGGUAGGCUACUUGUGCCUGGCUAUAUAGUGUUGUACAGUACAGUUGCACUUUACGUUACAGAGGACAUGUAUGUGUGUGUGUCUGUGUGUGCGUGUCUGUGCAUGGUUGAGCGAGCAUGCUCGCGUGUAUGUGGGGACGGGAGGGGUGGUGUGGUUUGGGGUAUUUAAGUUGUGUUUCCAUGGAAACUAGUUCCUCUCUAAAGAUCCUGCUUGUUAUUCUCCUGUUUCUUUAUUGGGAGUCUCUGGUGGUUUUUAGCUCAUUGGGCUAACACAGCCUUGUGGCGUCCAGACAACCUGGGUUCAAACCCGGUCAGUCACACUUGUAAGGGGGGAGGUUGUCUCUCUGAGUAUCUUUAGUACAUUUAUCUUUAUAUAGAGCCUUAAUGGACUCUUCAUCCCCACUAGAGCUAUAUACAGAGUACAAUACAGAGGAAACAAUCCUCCAUGGUGGCUCAAUACAUUCCAUGCUUGUUAGAAUUCUACAUGUCAAAGCACUUGUUCUGAACUCUAAGGCUGGUUUGUCUGUUACUGUAGUUCUCACAGCCUCACAGCCAGGCCCAGACCUAUGUUCUAACAUGUCUUAGUCAGGAAGAGCCUUGGGCAGAUUCAGCAGCAGAGAUGUCAGUGGUGACAUGUCUGUUUCCAACUGAAUUUGGCCAGUUGUCUUUCAAUACAAUUCAUUCAUUGUUUUAAUCAUGUAACUACAUGACAUGAGGGUAACUUGUUGCCCAAGUCAGUCAGUGCUAGCCGCUACCAUUAGCAUGCAGUCCAUUAACUGCCUCAAGGGAAGGGAACUCUGAUAAACUACUCCAUGAACACAGACAUUGUAUAGCACGAGGUCAGAGAGAGAAACUCUUAAAUGUAAGGCUUUUAUGAGUAUAAUGCUCCAUUGAUUUGAGGUGAAUGCAGUCUGUGUGUAUGUCUCUGUGUUAGUCUGUGUGUGUUAAACGCACAGGAGAAAAUAACACCCCCCCCCUCCUUCCCUACCCCAAUCUCUAUUGGGGUGACUUGAGUUGGAGCCAUAGGCCUGUAUUGGAGACAGUAUUGAUGAUUAUUGUUCACACACAGGGAUAGAAAUUGGCCAUUGUCUAGCAGAGUAGGCAGCAUCCUGUUAUGCACCUGGCACAGCCAGGGGGGUAUGUCACAAAGCAGGAUCAAAGAGUUAGCCAGCUAAAUUUCAUAAUAUUCUUAAAUAACUUUACAUUCCGACUUCAUAAAGAUAAGUAGACUUGAAAGGGACAUGGUAUAAUUGACUCCAUAUUAAAGUUUCCAUUUUUAAACAAAUUAGAAAAGCAAUAGUUACGUCUAUUUCUGAAUGUUUGUCAAAGUUAGCUGAUUUAGGACUAGAUUAAAUCCAGACUGCUGAAGAUCUGCGUUAUAGCGCUAUUGAAAUGUAAAGGUAAU